AUGGCCCAUGACUAUGCUGCCGUGCUGCAGCCGCUCACCCGCCACAUCAACACCCGCGACCUCUUGCUGCUCUCCCGCGGCUUCUCCGAGACCUACAGGGACCUGGCCCAGCAGUCGAGCCAGCACUUCCUCGCCACACCAGUCACCGCCCUGCCCACUGGCCGAGAGACUGGCACCUUUCUGGCCAUCGAUGUCGGCGGCACUAACCUCCGCGUGGCCUUCGUGAAAUUGCUGGGCGAGGCGGGCGAGCAGAACGGUGACUCGAACUCGACAUCACGCCAUCAUGUCCCGGACAGGCCAACCAAAAUCCACCGCUGCCACGAGCGCGCAUGGCCCAUAGAAGAGCACUUGAAAAUGGACCAGGCUGAUGAUUUGUUUAUGUGGAUCGGUGACUGCAUAGCCGCUGUUGUCCGGGACGCUCUCGGCGAUGCAAGCCUGCACAUCGACCAUCUCGACGAGAUCCCCAUGGGCAUCACUUUCUCUUUUCCUAUGAAGCAAGAUGCAAUCUCUCAAGCUACUCUCAUGCCCAUGGGCAAAGGAUUUGGCAUCACGUCGGACCUCGACUUAGGCAAGAUGCUCCUCGCUGGAUAUGCGCGCCAUUGCGCCAAAGCCCCAACGUCCAACGGCUACGCCCACCUGCAGAAACCAGCUCCACCCAGUCUACCUAAACUCCGCAUAGCCGCCAUCACCAACGACACGGUCGCCACUUACGCAUCUCUUGCCUACUCCAUCAAAGUCUCCAGCAACAGCCGCGUCGUCAUGGGCCUCGUUGUCGGCACUGGCACCAACGCAACCGUCCCCAUGACCGUCGACAGCCUCGGCUCCUUCAAGACGCACUUUCUCCGCCUCCCAGCAGGAACUUCUCCGCAAAAUGCAAAGGUGGUCGUAAACACGGAGUGGUCCGUCUGCGGCACCGACCGGCCCCUGAAAGAGCUCCAAGUUCCAACCAUUUGGGAUGCUGAGCUCGACCGCGCGUGCGACGCCCCUGGCUUCCAGCCCAUCGAGUACAUGACGGCCGGCCGCUACCUAGGCGAGCUCGUCAGGCUCGUCCUGGUGCAGCUCCUACCCGAGCAGUGCGGUGGCUCCAAAGAAGACCUGCCACCCGCCCUGCUACGGAGGAAUUCCUUGUCCACGAAGUUCCUCGCGACGGUGGUUGCGCUUGCCGAUGACGAAGAGCUGGGAAGAAGCUUGCAAGAGCUGUAUCCCACUCGCUCGGCGGGCUUCACAUGGACGAAAAACCGGAUGGAGCUCCUGCGUGCGGUGGCUGCGGCAGUGCAAGUCCGCUCAGCUGCCCUCGUGGCAGCCAUGAUCGUUGGCCUGUUGGCUCGGGCCGGCGAAAUCCACCAAGACAACUUAGAGACGGACCAAAAUGAAAACGCUAUCCCUGAGAAACCGGAGGCGGAGAAAGAGAGAGAGCAGCUGUUGGUAGUCGCCCAUACUGGCGGCGUGAUCCUACAGUACCCAGGCUACUUGGAAGAUUGUGAGAAGUGGAUAGACACCCUGCUAUCCGCAGGUUCGCAGAAGAAUACGUCAAAGAAGGUCGUUCUUGGCGAGGCGAAGGAUGGCGGGGUAAUCGGCGCCGCCGUUUUGGCAGGCAUGUUUGCAGAGACGAGGUGA